GUCUUUUGAGUUUUCCUUUUCCUAUCCGCGUUGGCCAGUGCUUUUUCUGUGUAUUCUGAGUUUGCUGUUAAAUUUUUCUUUUUUUUCCGAAAUAUUGAAGAAUUUUUUGGAUUAAAAUCAAUUCCUUUUUAAAAUGGCUACUGCAAGUCAACCGCCAUCUGAAGAAUUAGUGCUUAAAGGCACCCUAAUCGGUCAUUCGGAUUGGGUUACGCAAAUUGCUACCACAAAACAACAUCCAAAUACCAUUUUGUCAUCGUCGCGUGAUAAAACAUUGAUCGUCUGGAACUUAAAUCAUGAUGAAACUAAUUAUGGUUAUCCAUUGAAACGUCUACGUGGUCAUGGUCAUUUCAUUACCGAUGUCGUUUUAUCACAAGAUGGUCAUUACGCUUUGUCCGGCUCUUGGGACAAAACUCUUCGACUUUGGGAUUUGAAUCUCUGCAAAACUACCCGACGUUUUGAAGGCCAUACUAACGAUGUUUUGUCAGUAGCUUUUUCUCCUGAUAAUCGUCAGAUUGUUAGUGGCUCACGAGACAAAUCGAUUAAAUUGUGGAAUACUAUCGCUCAAUGCAAGUUUUCCAUCGAUGAAGCUAAUGGCCACUCUGACUGGGUUUCAUGUGUACGAUUCUCGCCAUCCAAUACCAAUCCGAUUAUCGUUAGUGCCAGUUGGGAUCGUAUGGUCAAGGUCUGGAAUCUAGCUAACUGUCGUCUUAAGACUGAUCAUAUUGGUCAUGUUGGCUAUUUGAACACCGUAACAGUUUCUCCUGAUGGUUCAUUAUGCGCUUCUGGUGGAAAAGAUUUCAAAGCCAUGUUAUGGGAUCUUACGGAAGGCAAACAUUUGUAUACAUUGGAUCAUAACGAUAUUAUCAAUGCUUUAUGCUUUUCACCGAACAAAUAUUGGCUCUGUGUUGCUACUGGUCCAACAAUCAAAAUCUGGGAUUUGGAAGGCAAAAAUUUGGUCGAUGAACUUAAACCUGAAAUCUUAGCCAGUAAAGGAAAAGCACCGCAAUGUAUUUCUUUGGCUUGGUCGCAUGAUGGUUCCACUUUGUUCGCUGGCUAUACGGAUAAUCAAAUUAGAGUAUGGCAAGUUGUACCAGCUUCUAUGCCAGCCUCCGUUUGAGUUGAAAAUUUUUUUAAAAUUAAUUAAUAUGAAAAAAAUAAAGAAAUUUUUAUUG